CUCACACAUUCCUCACCGAUCCGCCGACUUCUCGUUCAAUGUCUGGCUUUGAAGUCGCCGGGGUGGUCCUUGGGGCCUUUCCACUGGCGAUUGCGGCCAUCGAUGCAUACAAGCGCAUAUCGCUCAAGGUGGCGGCAUGGAGGGAGCUACGCACCAUCUGGCUGCGGUGCUCCGAGGAUCUGAAGAACGAACAGCUCGCUUUCAAGCGCCACCUGAAGCUGCUCGUCUUGCCCCUGGUUGUGGAUCCAAAGUCUGCAACGGAGUUGUUGAACGACCCGACAGGGAGACGAUGGAGCGACGCGGAUGUAGCCGAUCUGCUGGAGAGCAAGCUUGGAGAGGCCCAUGAUCUCUAUCUCAGCUACGUGCGUCGCAUGCACGAGACGCUCGAGGAGCUCCGUAACGAUAUGCAGAUCGACUCGGAUCUCAUCCAAGACAAAAUGACUACGCAGCCUGCAGCCCGGAGUCGCGUCAAGCUGCCUAUGAACAAAGACGAGAAAAGACUCCAGAUGUUCAAGAUGAAGUUUCUCCAGGGCGAGAGCAACCGCAAGCGGCUUUUGAAGCAGCUCAGAGACUGCAAUGAGAAGUUAUGGAAACUGCUAGACUCGAGUGAGAAGGACGCACGCCUGACAACAACUAUGGAAGCGGCGCGAGUCGUCGCAGCCGCAGACGCAUCCCUCUGCAAGUUCUGGAAGACCGCCACGGCCUUCUUCCGAGCCCUUGCCGCGGCCUAUAGCUGCCAAUGCAAGAGAUCACACGCCGCGAGGCUCCUCUUGCAGCACCGUGCAUCCUGCAAGACGGAUGCAAAGUUCCAGAUGGUCUUCCCGCUCGAGUCGACGCAGGAGACACCGGAUCCCUGGGCGGCUUGUACGACGACGAUCGAGGAGACCACUAACAAGCCUCUAGUCGCGGAGAGCCGCGUGCUGGUCGAGACCAGGAAAGUCUGGCAGGCGGGCGGCAACGUCCAGACCCUGUCGGCUCUUAAGGCCAGCAUUUCCAAACCGCACCACCACCACCACCAUCACCAGCAUCCACGGACGACCGGGGCGACGACGAUGACAACGAUAACGACCGUUCAUAGAUCCAAAGUCCAGUUCACGCCGACCAUCUCCCUCACGGUGCCACAGGACGGCCUCACAGCAGGGAGGCAGGGAGUCCGCCCAAUAACCCACCUCUGCGAGUCCCUUGCCUCCGCAGCAGCUGCCGACCCGGACUGCCGCGAGUACCUGCACCACCCAGAAGAAGACCGGAGGUACUGCAUCUCUUCCAUCGCCAGGCACACCGAGAUGCCACACACGAUUACACUGGGACAAGUCCUGUCUGGCGACGCGGGGACACCCCUUCCGAGCCGGAGGGAGACCUUUGCCAUCGCGUUCGUCCUGGCCUCGUCGCUUCUCCAGCUGCAAGACUCGCCCUGGCUAGCUGCCAACGGGCCUCGCUGCUUCGACAAGUCGUCCAUCGUGUUUGCAGAAGACCCUGCAAAGCCAUACCGUCCACUCUUCGACCAGCCUUACAUCCCCCGAGACUUUGGCCCCUUACCUCCGUCUGAAGCCCAAUCUGGAGGAGACAGCUCCACCGCCUCAGCAGCCCUUGCCCGUCUCGGCAUCACCCUGCUAGAGCUGUGCUUCCGGUCCCCCCUCGAGCGCCAGCACGACCGCGAGAUUCUCGGCCCCGGCGCCAACGCCCAGCAGCGCGACGCCCUCGACUUCAUGGCCGCCGCCGAGUGGCUCAAGGGCGUCGCGGACGAGGCCGGGCCCGAGUACGCCGCCGUCGUGAAAUGGUGCCUGCUAGACAACCGCAUCGCGCCGGCGGACCGGUGGCGCGAGGAGAUGCUCAGGCAGGUCGUCCGGCCGUUGCAGCGGUGUCUCGAGUGCUUCAGCGCGGGUGGUGUAACGGCUUGAGGGUUUGGAGUGGCGAAAUAAGCGCAAAAUGUACUCAAGACACUUCGGGUGAGGCCGCUGGGCGAUAGACUAAUUAGACCAGACUCGAUAGUUGU